AUGGGAGUGCUUUUUGACGGAAAUGACCCUAUCUACCGCCCAAAAUCAAGUUCGCCGGUUGUACGAUAUGUGCUCCCCCAGCGCGCCCUCCGCACACUCGCCGAGGUCGCACGCCACCUCCACGCCCACGAGGUCGCGCUCGAUGCCAAGGUCGCGGAGUACCAGGCCACCUGCAUACUCAAGCUAGAUUUCGCCGAAGCAGUAGGAGGACGGCGUAGGGGAAUAGAAAUGGUGGUGGAGACGGCGGUAGAAGAAAUGAGGAAGAUGGGGAAGAUAGUAAGGAAGGCCGGAAAAUUGAGGUAUUGGGUGGUGGAGGUGGCAGCAAAGGGGGUGCUCGAUCCAGCACAGGCGGCAGAAUUCUUGGUGGCGUUGGCCGGGGUGCAGGAGACGGUGCAGCGGCACGCGGCGUGUUGGAACACGCAUGUCGGUACGCUGUCCAUCACCGUCGUCAAUUCUUUCUAUGCAACUACCGCCGCCGUCAGUGCUGCCGCCCCACAUUGAUGCAUCCUCAGCCUCAGCGUCAGCCUCAUUGUAAGAUGUAUAAGUUUGAAGUGAUUCAUUUCGUUUAGUUUCCCUUCC